CAGCGCGCACAAAAUGUACCGGAAGAGGGGAUUUUACGGCUUCUUGACAACUUCUCCUAGCCACUGCAUGUACGGCGGGUUCCCUUGGAUUAUCUAUUAAGCAAGAUGAAUCGUAUUUCAUAUCUCUGUUACAACAGUGCAAACCAGACAAAAAGUUACUGUUCUUUGUAAUAAACUUGUAAUUACCGGAGUUGAAAUAACCUCGCAGACGUCGUACGGAUGAUUAUCACGGAUAAACGUUGUCAUCUCUUCGAGAAUGCUUUUUCUUGACUUGAUGAUCUACCCAUAAGAACAUCGCAUAUGGACAUGAGUUCAAAAUUUUCGGCGUAAUUAAUCUUCUUCAAAGCCUGUCUUUUGUUUGAGACCACAGUGUAUACCAUUACCAUAAGGACCUCGGAAUCUUCUUGCGUUUCAUUCUGCAAAAACUGGCCUUUAUUAGCCAGAAGUGGAGACACGGAAACUGAACUUCAAUUUUGCUAGUAUCUGAUCGCACCUUCCAGGUGUAAAUGGAAACAAUUCCCGGCACAACAUUCACGCAAGCUGCGAGUUUCUUUUCCACCAGUCCUCUAAAUACAAUGUGCUUUGCAACCGUAUCAUUGGGCGCCGUCACAUACGAAACGGUAAAACUUUCUUCCGCUGUGAAAGAGCUCAUGGCCACAGUCCGCACAAUACUUCGAGAAAGACUGAAACUCGUCACGAGCAGGCUCUGAAGUCCACCGAAGAUCGGCAUGCAGGAAGGAACCGCAGCGAACAAAAAGAAAAGCACCUGAAAAACAAUGUGUGACCGACAACAACUUGUUUUUGAAACAAGACUUCUAGUCAUUAAUAGUACGCUCUACCAGAGCAGAAUCGCUAGCAUACAAUCUAUGAUCCAUAACAUCUCUACUGCAGGGCAGCAAACAUCACAAUCUUGUCAUUACCCAAAAUUUCAGAGCGAACUUCAAUAACUGCAGCAUAUCGCUUGCAUUUCUCUCGUUCUUUGUGAAGCGCAGCCUUACUGUCUAAAUCGUUCCCUAAAAUUUUAAAACGAAAAAAUGAACGGCACGUAAUUUUUCUAAGUCGAAAUGCAAAUUAAGCCAGUGUGUUGUCUACUGCCAGUGCUUGUGUUAUGCGCAGCCGCAUUCUGAUGGCAGCAAGACAAACAGUAAUGUAAGCAUAAUAAAUUCUGUAAAAAUUAAAAUCUUCAAAUUUUGCUACGUUCCUGAAUCUUGCUUAAGUUUAUGCUAGCUGGUUUGUACUACAAUGGCCUUUUACCUGUUGAUAUCAAUGUUCGUUGGAAUGCUGGUUAUUUAUAAAUGCAUAAGCUGGCAAACUCAGAUUCCAGAGAGGAAACGGAAGCUAAAACAAAGCGAACGAUUGUUGGUGGUGAUAGCACACCCAGAUGACGAGUGCAUGUUUUUCGGGCCGUUAAUCGUAACAGCCGUACGGAAAUGGUGUUUGGAAGAUGUCUUUGUUUUAUGCUGUUCCAUAGGAAAUCAUUACGGCAUGGGGGACAUACGAAAGCGAGAGCUCGUGGAAGCUUGUGAAAUUCUGGGUGUGCAUCGAGACAAUAUAAAGUGCAUUGACGAUCCUGCACUUCCGGAUGAUCCUGAGGUUGACUGGAGUCAGUUACGACUUCGAUCUUUGAUCACUGAUACCAUUUCGGAAUGGAAUCCAAGCGUGAUAGCGACAUUUGACGAGAGCGGCGUGAGUGAACAUCGAAACCAUCGAGAUUUAUCCCGGUGCUUAACUGCGAUGCAGAAAAAUGCUGCGUACUGCAUGAAAGGACGCCGAUUGUUAGUUCUGGAUACUGUGAAUUCUGUCAGGAAGUAUUUGCAAUACAUUGAUAUUCCAAUCACGUUGUAUGGCGACUGGGAUUUGAUAACUAUUGUGAGCAGAGAUCACACCGGGAGAAUACAAAGGGCUAUGCGAUGUCACGCAUCACAAAUGGUUUGGUUUCGGUGGCUAUAUAUUGUCUUUAGUCGCUACAUGGUGGUAAACACGUUCCGGGAGAUUUCAAAACAAAAUGCUUGACUUCACCAGACACGCAGGACCGGACUUAACAUUUUUGUCUGGAUAAUGCUCUGCAAAAACGGAUAAUUACCUUUCCAGAUUACCAGUUAAAUAUCGCUGUCAGUAUUGCUGUCAGAUGGAUCGCCUUUAGCA